GUAUGUUUUGAGGUUUGCUCGCUAAUAAACGAAACCGAACAGGUCGAAGACUUGAAGCUGGGAAGAGUUGUGUCGUGUUGGAAGGAAGAAAAGGAAGGAGAAGGCCAAAUCCAAAAAGAAAUGCUAGCACCCAAACAAGUAGCAAAAUCUUCAAGGGUUUUCCUCUCUUCCCUUUUUCUCUUCAACUUAAAGAACAACAACCCUCUUAUCUCCACCACAUCCCCAUCCUUGUACUGUUGCUUUUACUAUGAUUACUCAACAGCUGUAGCUGCUGCUGCUGCAGCAGCAGCAGCAAGAGGAGGAGGCAUUCGUGAUAGAGUCACAAGUGCAAAGGACAUAGCCACAUCCUUCAAAGAAUGGUUCAAGAAAGGAAACAACGAGUUGUUGAAUCGAAUUUUUGUCACAAUUCAGAAACAUGGUGAAGACAAAGAAGCUCUUGGGCUUGCUCUUUCGCAAUUGCGUCUUCCUUUGAAUGAGUCAUUUGUGUUGGAUGUGCUUGCUUAUGGUAAAAAUAGAAACGAGAUUUAUUCUUGUGUUAAAUUCUUUGAUUGGGCUGGUCAUAAAGGUGGUUUCUUUCACACUCGUGUUACUUUUCAUGCUUUUUUUAAGAUCUUGACAGCAUCGAAAGGGAUGAGUGUGAUGCUUGAUUUCUUAGAGGUUUGUAAGGGGACAGGAGAUGUUUAUGUUCAUCAUAAUAUGAGAUUUCAGACCGUUUUGGUGAUGGGUUACGCUGUUGCUGGCAAGCCUGAUGUCGCACUCCAAAUGCUUGGUAGAAUGCGCUUUCAAGGUCUUGAUUUGGAUACUUUCUCUUAUCAUGUGCUUCUCAAUUCUUUGAUUGAAGGGGUUUAUUUUGAGGGUUUUGAGGCUGUCUUUAAGCAGAUUUCGUUGAGGGGUUUUGAGGGUGGGGUGACCCGGGUUCUGAAGAUGAAAUAUUUAUGUAAGCAGAAAUUGUUGGAUGAGGCGGAGGCGUAUUUUCGUGGGCUGGUCAAUGAGGGUAAGGUUGACAAGUGUAGAAGAGGUGAAAUGUUUGGAUAUGCACAUGCUUUGAGUGUUCUUGUUGAUGGGUUAUGUCAAAAUGGUUUGUUUGUCAAGGCCGGGGAGUUGAUUGAGGAAAUUAGCAAGUUGGAGUUGGUGCCAAUGGACUCUGCUUAUGGGAUUUGGUUGAAGAACCUUGUCCAUGCUGGAGAGAUCGAUGCAGCCUUCAAGUUCAUGAAGAGCAAGAAGUCCUUAGAAGGGUAUGUUCCAGACAUUUUUUGGUGUAAUUCAUUGCUUUUCAGGCUUUUGAAGGAUAACCGUCUUGAGGAUGCUUGUGAUUUGCUGAUUGAGAUGAAGGAGAAUCAGAUAUCUGCUAACACCGUCACCAUGAACGCUGCAUUGUGUUUCUUUUGCAAAGCUGGAAUGGUAGAGGUUGCACAUAAGUUGUACAAGUCGAAGUUGGAGUUUGGAUUCUCGCCUAAUACCAUGGCAUAUAAUUAUCUUAUCAAUUCUCUAUGUGGAGUAGGGUCCUCUGUUGAAGCUUAUUCUCUACUGAAGAAUUCUAUUAAACAAGGUUAUUUCCCUGGUACAAGAGCAUUUUCUAUACUUGCUGAUGCUUUGUGUAGACAAGGGAAGCUUGACAUGGUGAUGGAAUUGGUUCUUCUUGCUCCAUCAAAGAAUUUUAGGCUCAGUGAUUCCACAUACGAAAGAGUCAUAUCAGCAUUGUGCAGGGCUAGGAGGUUUGAAGAUGGUUAUGUGAUGCAUGGGGAAUUUAACAGAAGGAAUAGAGUUGCUACAGUAGCUACUUACAGGCAGUUGAUUCAUGGUUUUAGCAAGUCCAAUAGGGGACAUAUUGCUUCUAGGCUUCUUAUUGAAAUGCAGGAUAAGGGUCACCAGCCAACUCGGAAAAUGUUCAGAGCUGUCUUUCGCUGUCUAUGUGAUAUGGAAAAUCCAGAAAUGCAUUUCUUCAAAUUGCUGGAGAUGCAAUUGUACCGUCACAAAUUCAACACUAAGGUUUAUAACUUCUUCAUUGAUGAAGCUGGGCGUAGCAAGAAACCUGAACUAGCCAGAGAAGUAUUUGAGAUGAUGCAGAGAAAUGGAAUCGAGCCCAAUGUUGGCUCACAUGUUUUUAUGUUGAAGGCUUUUCUGAGGAAUGGAAGAAUUUCUGAUGCACUAAAUUUCCUUAAAGCAACGCAUGAUAGCAAGAUGGAUGAAAAGCUGUACCGUGCCAUGGUUGUUGGGCUCUGUGAAGUCAAAAGAACCGAUCUUGCUCUGGAUUUUCUGAAGGCAAUGCAGAGUAAGGAAUUGGUUCCAAGCAUGGAAUGCUACGAGGCUGUUGUAAGGUUGCUUUGCUCAACCAAAAACUAUGAUAUGGUGGUAAAAAUUAUUUAUGACUUGAAGAAAUGCCAGCGUAAGCUUACAUCCCUUAUUGGUAAUGUACUUCUGUUGCAUUCCCUGAAGAGUAAUGAGCUAUAUGAGUCUUGGGUUCGAUCAAGAGAUCUGCAGAAUGAUACAUCUUCUGAUCUUUCAAACCUUGGACUCCUAAUUAGUGCAUUUUCUGGUCAUCUUGAAGUGAGCCUCGAAUACUUGGAAGGACUGAUUGAACAGUGCUUCCCCCCCGACAUCUACACUUGCAACAUGUUGUUGAGGAUGCUAUGCAUGAGGGAUUUGGACCGUGCUCAGAAGUUCUUCAAUAGACUACGUGACAAAGGAUUUGAACCUAAUCGAUGGACUUUCGACAUCAUGGCACAUGGUCAUUUUAAGCAUGGAAGGCAAGUUCAGGGUAGGCUAUGGGUGGAUGAGAUGUCGAGGAAGGGGUUUGAUCCAACUUAAAGUACCCUACAACUCUUUCCCCGAUACCUGAACUGGUAUGGUCCUCAGUUAACGCAGCAGGGUUGAGUCCUUUACAAAGAAACAAACAAUGACAAUUUGGCAGAGGUCCAAAAUGGACUUCUUCUGUUCUUCUUCCGCAACAAGAUGCCUUGCUGAUAAUAUAAUACCAAGGAAUGGCUGCGAAGACUGCAUGAUUGAAUGAUUAAACAGGUGAUGUUUAAUUUUAUAAGUGAAAUGGAAGGUUAAUUGGUUGCCAUUUAAUCAACAGCACAAGCAUAGAUAGGAAUAUUGAAAAUCAAAAUAUAUUUAUAUGAUAAUAUAUCAAUAAAAUAUGGGGUUAAUUUGAA